AUUCAAGAACUCACUUCCAACAUCUCUACAUACAGAGAACAGCUUCAGCAGGUCAAACUUCUCUUGGCCGAUGACCCAAGCAAUUCUGAAUACAAGGACAUGCAAAAGGAACUUGAAGAGGUAUUCGUCCUCUAGUGGAAGAAGGGAACGGAAACAUAAAUGUUCACAAGUCACAAAAUCAUGUCCUUGCUUGGCAACUAUCGAAAACCCACUGCGUAAAUGGAUAAGCUUCAUGUUGUAAUAUUCCCUUCUUUCAUCGAUUUUUAUUACCAAGGAAUGCUGCUCAACAAGCAAAGAUAAACCGGCUGCACUUGGCUGAAUAUCUUCUUAGUGCUUGGUUUUAAAGGUCUGCUAUGUGUUGGAUGUUUCACCUCUACAUACUUCCUCAUGAUUUCAGUCUUUCAGGAGUUGCCUCGAUGUCUAAGUUCGGAAUUUAACAGUUGUCUAGGUUUAAAAAUUAUUUUUGUGAAAUUUUCUAAUAUCAAGAUCAAUGUAUGUGUCAGGUGAUUGCAUUGACAGAAGAGUUACUGGUAACUGCAAAGCAAAAUGAUAAUUUUGUUUCAGCCAUUGGUACAAGUGCUAGCACAUCUGAUAUCAUGCAAACUUCAAAUGGGGUUGCUCAGUAUGAGAUGCAAGAUAGAUUUCCGAUUGGAAUGAAAAUUCAAGCAGUUUGGAGUGAAGAUGGAGAAUGGUAUGAUGCAACUAUCGAGGCUUACACUCCAAAUGGCUACUAUGUCCGCUUUGAUGAAUGGGGAAAUAAGGAAGAGGUUGAUCCUGCAAAUGUAAGGUCACUUGAUGGGGAUAGCACGGGUGUCGAUGCUUUAUUGCAAGCUGAGAAAGAAGCUGAAGCUACUAAACAGGCUUUGAAACGGAAAAUUGCGCAAGCUGCAGUUGUUGACUUCCAGUCACGAAGUAUACCGGCUAAACUCCGUAUAAAUCCUGAAGACCCUGAAGAUGUGAAAGCGGCAAAACGUAAAAAGAUACAUUCAUUCAAAUCAAAAGUGCGAAUGGAGAAACUUGAGGUGACGCAGAACAAACGCCAAAAUGCUUGGCAGCAGUUUCAGAGUACAAAAGGCCGUGCGAAGAAGGUUGGUUUCUUCUCAGGACGCAAAAAAGAGAGCAUUUUCAAGUCCCCAGACGAUCCAUUUGGCAAGGUUGGUGUGACCGGAAGUGGGAAAGGUUUGACGGAUUUUCAAAAACGGGAGAAGCAUCUGCACCUCAAGGGUGCCAACAUAGAUAAUGAGAAUGGCGAAGCUGAAGAGUAAGCCUUGCAAAGUGACAUCAAAUUAAUGUGUACCUAUUUUUAUUCAAGUAUAAUCUAAGUUUUACGGACAGAGACAGUUACAUCUUUUUCAAGGAUCUUAGUAUGUUACUUAGUGUUGUAGUCGUAGAUCAACAUUUUAGAUUCUGCCCCUCGUGCUUUAUUAGGAUGUCAAAUGGAAUAUGGUUUCCGUCGCUAUUUGGCAUUUUGGGCAGCAAUUUAAGCGGAAGAUGCUCGACUGUUACAUCUUUUGGCGCUUGCAAGACACAGGAAUGGGGACCAGUGCCCGGUGUGCAGCAUCUGUUCCUAGUAGAGCUUACAAUCAGUAAACUGCCUUGUGCUUAGCUGGUAUUCCCCUUGUGUGUCAAAUUUUAACUCAAUAUACAUGUCUUAUUCUCUAAUUGGUCAAUUUUUGAUAGCUCUA